AUGGCACAGCAACAGAGCAUUUACACGCCUGGCCAGUUUAUGAACCCGGGUCCGGCACCACGGCCUCCUACUGACAGACCUCGAUUAAAUCUUACCCCAUCUACGGCAAACCUGCCAGGCAACAUGAUGUCCCAAAUGAACAUCAACUCACCCAUCACUCGAACGGCAACGUCUACAUAUACGGGAUCGACGGUUUCCCUCCCGCUCGCCCGGCAGCAAUCCAAUAUGGAUGGACAAGGGGGUGUUGCGGUUAUUAAGGAAGGCUGGGCUUCCGUUAAGGAGGGCAAGAAUUUCAUUAGCCCGUGGAAGCAGAAAUGGUUGAUAUUACGCAAGGAAGCCUUGGACUUUCACAAGACCGAAGGGGGCAAACUAUCCUAUCAAAUAGUUCUGAAGGAUGUCCUCGGUGUUUCGCGUGUCGAAGCGGCUGGCACGAUCUUCGAAAUCAAGAGAGCUCUUGGUGGCAGUUCUACAAAUCCGGGAGAGGACGAUGGUAUCUCGAAGACGUUACAAAUCAGAGUCAAAAGCGACGAGGAUUUGUAUGAAUGGAUAGACUUUGUUUAUGCGCGCUGUCCCGGAAUGGGGGGUGUCAGUAACCCCACCAACUUUAAUCAUUCUGUCCAUGUUGGAUUCGAUCCCCAGACUGGAGAAUUCGUAGGCCUUCCUCCAGAGUGGUCAAAACUCCUCAACUCUUCGGCCAUCACCAAAGAGGAUUAUGAACGCAACCCACAAGCCGUGUUCGAGGUUUUGGAGUUCUACUCCGACAUUACCAAGCGCAAUGACAACCCCCAACAAUUUUCAAGUCUAACGCCUACCCCACCAGUUUCAAGCAACCAGAAUAAGCAGUUAGGUUAUGGUAUGAGCGGUGGUGUAAAUGUAGCCCCCCCUCGACCGAUUCAAAACAAUCAACGAAACCCUAGUUAUGGAAAUCCUCCCACGUCAUCUUCACCAACGCCCCGACGACCAACUCCGCCAGAAAGCCAGCAGCAGCGCCAACAGAUGCAACAAAUGGCCUCCAAUUACGUUGAUCCUCAAACACGUGAGGACCAGCGUCAAAAGCAACUCGAGGCUCAGCGUCAACAGCGUGAGAGGGAGAUUGAGGAGCAAAACAGACGCGACAUGGAAGCUUAUAAUGCCUCUCUACCAAAGACUCGAGUUCCCAUGGCGCAGCAGGAAAUCGGAGGGGGUUACGGAGCAGCUCCCACUCAGGACAGGUAUAACCCAUCAAGAGCAGCACCCCCUGCGCCCCGCCAGCAAGCGCAAGCACCAUCCUCAUUGAGGACGCAAAGACAGGCUCCCUCAGCACCUACUCCUAGUAAUCAACCCCGGAUUCAGCCUUCUUCAAACCAGCAGAUCGCGGCUCAACGGGAUCAGAACGGAGGUACUCGUUCGCCGGCAAGAACAGAUCAACAGCGGCCUCAGCAACAAGAGCCGCGGUAUCAAAAUGGCCCAUCUCAACAGCAAGCCCAGGGUAGGCCACCACAGAGCCAGAACCAACCCCCAUCACGCCUUCCUGCUCCAGUACAGCAGGUUAAACCUCUCAAUGUCGCGAAGCCCUUGAACAAUGGCCAGUCGAGCGAUGCGGUAAAGGCAGCUGAGGCAGCUCUUACGGCUAAACCCCCUGCGGCAGAACGUCAGAAGGACGUGCGAAUGUCCACCAUGUCUGAGAGUGAAGUUAUGGCCAAGUUGAAGGAAGCAGUCUCGAAAGAUGACCCAAACAUGUCAUACUCGAAACAGAAGAAGAUCGGUCAGGGUGCAUCUGGCUCUGUUUACGUUGCUAAAGUGAAGGAAAAUCCUCUAUCCCCUAUCGCGCGAGAGGUAAUUCGACAGCAAGGAAGCAAAGCUCAGGUCGCUAUUAAACAGAUGGAUUUGGCUCAUCAGCCAAGGAAAGAACUAAUUGUCAAUGAGAUUAUGGUAAUGAAGGAUAGCAAGCACCGUAAUAUUGUUAAUUUCCUCGACGCUUUCCUGCGCAACAACUUUUCGGAACUGUGGGUUGUGAUGGAAUACAUGGAAGGUGGUGCUCUUACUGAUGUUAUUGACAACAACCCCACCAUCACUGAGGACCAAAUAUCGACCAUUUGUCUCGAGACAUGUCGUGGACUUGAGCAUCUGCAUCAACAGAGUAUCAUUCAUCGCGAUAUCAAGAGUGAUAACGUUCUUCUCGAUGCUCGUGGGAACGUAAAAAUUACCGAUUUUGGUUUCUGUGCCAAGCUGACCGAGUCAAAAUCGAAGCGUGCGACGAUGGUGGGAACUCCUUAUUGGAUGGCUCCUGAGGUUGUAAAGCAAAAGGAAUACGGACCCAAGGUCGAUAUCUGGUCAUUAGGUAUCAUGGCUAUCGAGAUGAUUGAGUCCGAGCCACCAUAUCUAAAUGAAGAGCCGCUGAAGGCCCUUUAUUUGAUUGCAACCAAUGGCACCCCCCGUUUGAAGAAGCCCGAGAAGCUUAGUAAGGAGCUAAAGGCGUUCUUGUCUGUCUGCCUUUGUGUGGAUAUCAGGAGUCGAGCUUCUGCUAACGAGCUCCUGCAACACGAUUUCCUCAAGCAUGGGUGUGCUUUGUCAAGUUUGGCAGAUCUGCUAGGCUUCCGAAAACACGCAAAAUAA